CGGGGGGAGAGAUAGAGAUAGAGGAGGGGCAGAGAAAAUGGGAUUUAGCCUUUAGCGUGUAGAGGUGGGACUGGUCAGACCAACCGCAACAAGAAAACACAAAAAUGAAAGCAAAAUAAGGGGCAGGGUGGGUAGGAAAGCGAAAACCCAAAACAACAGCUGUGAUUUUAUGUCUUUAUGUGGGAACCUUACUCUCACUGGGUUUUUGUGAUUUUGCUAUUUCGGUCGUUGUAUUUAUUGUUUCUCUCUUCGGUGCCUCACAGCCACCACCACCACCACCACCCCCACAGCCUACUGAUGCUGCUGCCACUGCUCCCUCUUUCGUUUUUACUCUAUUUUUUUUUAUUUUUUUCUGGGUUGCUUGGGGGCUCAUUAUCCGAGGUUGAGGUUCUUCCGUUUUCGGGGUACCUUUCCUUUCGUUCUUUCUUUUAGGCCUCUGCAAUACUCCUUUGUCCUUCGACGUUCCAUCUUCUCAUCGCGACAGACAGGACGGAGAUAAAAGAGAGCACCACUGGACGUUAUAGUGACAUUCAAUUCCUCAUCCCCAUUUUAGUACACUUUUUCCAAUUUCUUUCUUGCUCUAUUUAAUCACUCUCUUUUGUCACACAACUCACAACCACGCAUUCACGAUUACACGGUGGGUCACUCUCUCUCUCUCUCUCUCUCUCAACGUCGUCCCACACCCACACCUGUAAAAAACAUAUCUCAACAAACAAGCACAAACCUUUUCUCCUCUGUUUUUCAUGUCUAGCAUUCAAUUCGCUCGGUCUGAUAUGGGCUAUAGUCAUAAUUGCGUUUCUAGGCACAUGUAUCGCCAUUUUGUCAUUUCCCUGCUCUUUCUGCUGGUUUCGAGUUCGACCCAGUUAAGAUCAAUGGCUGAAGGUAGAGAGAUUUUUAGACUGGUUGAGGAUACUCAAAUGAACAGUGAAGAGAAGACGAUUGUGAGAGCACAGAUUGGUUCGAGGCCUCCAAGAUGCGAGAGGAGGUGCAGCUCGUGUGGGCACUGUGAGGCAGUUCAGGUUCCUGUAGUCCCACAGUUCAGAAGCGGCAGUAGACAUUCCUCCAAGGUCUCCAGCGUAGCCUUUUUCAGGGGAGUUGACAACUCCAACUACAAGCCCAUGAGCUGGAAGUGCAAAUGUGGUGACAUGAUAUUCAAUCCUUGAUUGAAGAACAAAGUUCAGAGGAGAAAACCCCAACCCAUUCGAAUUGUGGAUAUGAAAGUUACUUCCCAGCAUCAUUCUUUCUCCUUCUCACAGUCACUUUUUUUUUUUUCUUUAUAUAUAUUUUUUCUCCUCUGUCUAGCUAUCCCUGGAGGACCCUUUUGUUAUUGUAGAAUUUUAUCAUGUAGCAGCUUCCUUUGGUAUCACUACCCUGUAAUCUAUGCCUUAUUUCGCAAGUAUUGGGCAUACGUCUAUGUCUUUUGCUCAUCA